CAGUUAUCGUCGCCGCCGUUCGUAGUUCGUACGGCGUAAUCUUUUAUUUAUUUGCGUUGUGUUUUUGUUCUCUCCGCUCUCCAGUGUUGUGGACUGUGUUACUACUAAUACGACUGCGUGUUACUGUAUUAGUGUGCGUAUCCAAAUGUAUGUCUGUGCGUGCGCCAACGUAUCUAUCUCGUUUUAGCUUGACUUCAUAUUUCUGAUUCCAACCAAUUCCUACUCUCGGUUAUACGGAGAAUACACUAAGCUUUUUAGUUAUCUUUGUGCUGUGACGAAAAUAGUUAACACCUAAACAGAUACAAAGACUUCAGACUGUGAUUGUCAUCCCUGGUAACGCAGUCGUCAUUUCGACGAUGUCAUCGUAACAUGUCAGGUUUAGUGAUUGACCUUUGCUCCAGAGCGGUUGAUAAAUUUUAAGAGUACACAUUGUACAUAUUCUUGAAAGAUGGCUGAUGUUGAUCCAGAAACACUUCUGGAAUGGCUUAAUACAGGCCAGGGGGAUGAAAGGGAUAUGCAACUCAUAGCACUGGAACAGUUAUGCAUGUUAUUAUUAAUGUCUGAUAAUGUUGAUCGAUGUUUUGAAGUAUGCCCACCUCGCUCAUUUUUACCCGCUCUUUGUCGUAUAUUUUUGGAUGAAAGUGCUCCAGACAGUGUACUUGAAGUGACUGCUCGAGCAAUUACUUAUUACUUAGAUGUUUCUGCUGAAUGUACUAGACGUAUAGUUGCAAUUGAUGGUGCAUUAAAAGCAAUUUGCAAUCGAUUAGUAAUUUCAGAUAUAUUUUCACGCACUAAUAAAGAUUUAGCUGAACAAUGUUGCAAAGUUUUGGAAUUAAUAUGUACUCGAGAAGCUGGUGCUGUUUUUGAAGCUGGUGGUUUAAGCUCUGUGUUAUUGUUCAUUAGUGAUGUUGGAUCUUGUGUACACAAAGAUACAUUACAUUCAGCCAUGACUGUGGUUUCUAGAUUAUGUACUAAAAUGGAGCCAAAUGAAGCUUCACUGCCUACUUGUGUUGAGUCUUUAUCUACAAUGCUUAAACAUGAUGAUACACAUGUUUCUGAUGGAGCUUUAAGAUGUUUCGCCUCAUUAUCUGAUAGAUUUACACGGCGUGGAAUUGACCCUGCACCGUUAGCACAACAUGGACUUUUAAAUGAAUUGCUACUUAGAUUAUCUUCAGCAGCAGGACCUACAGUAACAAAUAUUGGAACACCGGGUUUAAAUUCAAACGCUUCAACUACAGAGGUUAAAUCUUCUCAGUCUAUAUCUACAGUUAUUAGUCUGCUUACAACUCUUUGCCGUGGAUCUAAAUCUGUGUCUCAUGAUUUAUUUAGAUCUAAUUUAGCUGAUGCUAUUGAAAAAGCUCUAAAAGGAGACGAGAGAUGCUGUUUGGACACUAUGCGUUUGGUUGACUUAUUACUUGUACUACUUCUUGAAGGACGUGAUGCUGUGUCAUGGAGCACAGUGGCAUGUACAACCAAUAAUCCUUUAUUACCGAAACUUCGGCGUUUAGAUUCUAGUGCUGAAAAAUCUCAAAGACAUUUAAUUGAUUGUAUUAGAAGUAAAGACACUGAAGCAUUAAUGGAAUCAGUUAAUUCUGGUGCAAUUGAUGUAAAUUUUGUGGAUGAAGUUGGUCAAACAUUACUUAAUUGGGCUUCUGCAUUCGGGACUCAAGAAAUGGUUGAAUAUUUGUGUUCCAAAGGAGCUGAUGUUAACAAAGGACUCAGAUCAUCUUCAUUACAUUAUGCUGCAUGUUUCGGAAGACCAUCAAUUGCUAAAAUUCUUCUAAAAAAUGGUGCUAAUCCAGAACUUCGUGAUGAAGAAGGUAAAACUCCACUAGAUAAAGCACGAGAAAGAAUGGAUGAAGGACAUCGUGAAGUUGCAGCUAUAUUGGAAUCUCCUGAAUGGUUGAUGUCUUCCAAAAAUGAAAUUGUCCAUUCAAAUGAAUCUAAAGAACCAAAAGGAGAUCCUGAAAUGGCAGCAAUUUAUCUCAAACGAUUAAUGCCAGUUUUUUGUAAUACUUUUCAGUCUACUAUGUUGCCUUCAAUCAGGAGAACAUCACUCUCUUUAAUCAAAAAAAUGGUUCACUAUAUUAAACCAGAUUGGCUUGAAGAUAUAUGUAAGUUAGAAUGUCCGAAUAACCUUGCUCCUUUAUUGGUUGAAGUGCUUGCCACUGUUCUCGACAAUGAGGAAGAUGAUGAUGGACAUGUUAUUGCUCUACAAACUAUUUAUGAUCUUUUGAUUAAAUGCCAGGACACUUUUCUUGAUCAUUUUGCACGUUUGGGUGUUUUUUGUAAAGUUCAACAGCUCAUUGGUCCUGAUAAUAAUCCAGAAAAAGAUAAUAUCCAACAGAUUGAUUCAAAACAGUAUCAAAUUGAAGAUGCUAAAGAAAUAUUACCUGGACAUGCAUAUCAUUGGAAAGAUUGGUUUUUUUGUCGUGGUCGAGAUUGUCUUUAUGCUUGGAAUGAUUAUGUUGUCUUAGAGUUGUCAAAUGGCAGCAAUGGAUGGUUUAGAUUUAUGAUAAAUGAUAAACUAUCUACCAUGUAUUCCAGUGGAAGCCCUGAAGGCCAACCUGAUACAAAUAAAACUAGAGUCUCUGACCAACCAUCUUCUGACGAAAAUAAAACUGAAUUUAUUGAAAAAUAUUUAAAAGCAAAAGUUUUUGUUAAACUUAAUACCUUAAGUCAGCCAAUUUUAAGUUUUCCUGGUUUAAAUAGAAUAGCAGUUGGUAACUGGAUUCUUAUUUCAAAGAAAGAAAGUGAAUUAAGUAUACAAAAUUCUGAUGGUCUACAGCAAGUUACCACAUUAACAUGUGAUACAAAUGGAUUUUCAUUUCAAUCAAAUCGAGGUAAUCAACACAUGUUCACUGCUUUAAUGCCACUUUAUAGUGAUUUCACCACAGGUUGGGAAACUGUGAAAAAAGCAAAUUUAGUACCUACUAAAUCUGAAACUAUUGGUCAAAAGAUUCGAAAACAAGCUCAAGAAAUAUAUGAUAAAUUUUUUAAGGCUGCACAGGCUCAGCCUAGAGGUGUUGUUGCAAGGUUAAGCAAAAUUGUUAAUGCUAUUGAAUUCACUAUAAAAAAUCAAUAUUCUGUAACCAAAGACAGCUCUAACAAAGAUUAUUGGGCUUCGACUCUUUGUAAAGCUGUUUUUGAAUUGAAACAAUUGUUAAUGGAGGAUGAAGGUAGUGUUUCAGCAUAUGAAAUUUAUAGUAGCGGUUUAGUUGAAAUCCUAUUGCAACUUUUAACAAUAAGUUGUCAUGAAAAAAGUGAUGAAGCUGCAGAAUUACAGAAACUUAGGAUUGACAUUUUUGUUAAAUGUUUUAAAGAAAAAAAAAAUGAAAAAAGCACAGAGACUUGUGCUUCUGUUUUAGUGCAGAAACUCAUAUCUGUUUUAGAAUCAAUAGAAAGAUUACCUGUGUACUUGUAUGAAUCACCUGGUGUUUUCCAUGGAUUACAAAUUUUAUCAAGGCGUAUAAGAUUUCGCUUAGAAAAAGCUGCAAAAGAAACAACUCUUGUUGAUCGCUCAGGAAGAGGUUUAAGAAUGGAACCUCUUACUACUGUGCAUCAACUUGAAAAACACCUAUUAAAAAUGGUUGCCAAACAGUGGUAUGAUCAUGAACGAGUCUCUUAUAACUUUGUUAAAAAACUAAAAGAUAAAAAUAAUAUACCGAUGAAAUUUAAACACUAUUAUGAUUUUGAUAAAAAUGGUAUCUUAUAUUGGAUUGGAACAAAUGGUAAGACUUCAGUAGAUUGGGUUAACCCUGGACAAUAUGGUUUAAUGCUAGUCCAGUCUUCGGAUGGGCGGAAUUUACCUUAUGGUCAAGUAGAAGAUAUUUUAAGUAGAGACUCUGUUGCAAUCAACUGUCACACCAAUGAUGACAGUAAGGCAUGGUUUUCUAUUGAUCUUGGAUUAUGGAUAAUUCCAACAGAUUAUACACUUCGACAUGCUAGAGGUUAUGGUCGUUCUGCUCUUCGAAAUUGGUUAUUCCAAAUGUCUAAAGAUGGAUCUAAUUGGAUUACAUUAUACACACAUAUUGAUGAUAUAGCAUUAAAUGAACCAGGAAAUACUGCUACUUGGUCUAUAGAAAUAAAUGAUAAAGAAGAAACUCAAGGUUGGCGACAUGUUCGAAUUCAACAAAAUGGUAAAAAUGCUUCUGGCCAAACCCAUUAUCUUUCAUUAUCUGGUUUUGAGAUUUACGGAACUGUGACUGGUGUAUGUGAAGAUUUAGGUAAAGCUGCUAAAGAAGCAGAAGCUAGUCUUAAACGCCAACGUCGUUUGUUUAAGUCUCAAAUGUAUAAACAAAUGGUGCCCGGUGCUAGAGUUAUGCGUGGUAUUGAUUGGAAAUGGAGGGACCAAGAUGGAAAUCCACCUUGUGUUGGAACUGUUACUGGAGACUUGCAUAAUGGUUGGAUAGAUGUUGUGUGGGAUCAUGGAGUUACAAACUCAUACCGAAUGGGUGCUGAAGGGAAGUAUGAUCUACGGCUAAUCAAUGAACCCCAAACUACAUCCGCCUCAAAAUUCAAAAACAGUCCAAGUGCAACUUUCACUAACAUUAUGACAAGAAUGUCUAGUUCAACUCCCAGCUUACCUGAAGCAUCUAAUGAUAGUUCUAGUACAAAUGUGUCAGUAGCCAGCACUCAAGCAGCUUCUGCUGAUGAUUUAGCAGUUAAGCAAGCUGCUCAACAAUUGACUGAAAGUAUUAUCUCAGCUAUUAGGAUGGAUACCUCUUCAGUUACCCCAGUAACUACAAAUUCAUUAGAUAAUUCACUUAGAAUAGUUGUUCAUCCAACUCCUUCUGUUGAUCUCGCUACAAUUGUUGAAUCUACAUCAAAUGAUGAAACGCAACAAAAUAUUGAAAAUAAUAAGAAAAAUAGUAAUUAUUACGAAGAAGAAUUUUUACCAGCUUUGGGAAGAGUUAAACCAACUUAUAGGCGUAGUUCUGUUACCAGUUUAGUUCAUACAUUGCAAUCUAUUCAAAUUGACACACCACCUAACAAUAAAAUAAACUCUAAAGAGAAGCCAAUUAUAAUUAUGCAUCAUAAUACAUCUGAUUCAUCUAAUUCUCAGACUCAAGAUUUGUCUACUGAUACUUUAAUAAACAAUGCAAAUAAUUCUGCUUUCAAUACAGAAAUAUGUAAUUCAAACCAUUUAGAUUUAGAAAAGGAAAAUAAAAAAGAAGAUAACCGAAAUAAUUCUUCAAAUCACAUGAGUGUUAGUGUACCAAAUUUAGCAUCUAACACACCACCAAGGUUACAAGGAGAUAUUCCUAUACAAAAGCCUGUAGUCGAAACAUAUGCUCCUUAUCAAAAGCAUAGACAUUAUGAACGAACUAAUAGUCAUAAUCAAAAUCAAAUCUCUAAUCACUUAUCUCAACGAGUUCCCACUUCAGUAUCGAGUCUUGUUCGUUUGGCUCUGUCUUCUAAUUUUCCAAGUGGUUUACUUCAAACAGCACAAAGUUAUCCAAGUUUAUCAGUUAAUAAUACUACUAAUAAUUCAUGUUCUAUUACAACCAUUGCUAAUAGAACUUUGUGUGUUGGCGAAGCUUUAACUAUGAGUCUAGCAUCAACAUCAAGUGAUAGUGAACAAGUCAGUUUAGAAGACUUUUUGGAUAGUGUUCGUGCUCCAGCUUUGUUUGCGGAACUUGAAGAUGAUGAAGAGAUUGUUGAAGAUGAUGAUAUUCCUGAUGAUGAUGAAAAUGAAGAUGAACAAGAAUAUGAAGAGGUGAUGGUUUCCAGAAAUUUACUCACUAUGGAGGAAGAAACAUAUGAAUCACAACAUGCUGCUAUUGCUAGUAUUGUGGGUACAGAUAGAUGUGGUAAUCCAUAUAAGAGACGGUCGUGGGAUGAUGAUUAUGUACUUAGGAGAGAGUUCACUGCAUUAAUUCCAGCUUUUGAUCCUCGACCUGGGCGUACAAAUGUAAAUCAAACAUCUGAUUUAGAAGUUAUUGCUCCUCCUGAAGAUGAAAAUGAGGAAAGUUCUGAUAUUUUUACCUCUGACUCAAGUACAAUUAAUAAUCAGACAUCAUUACCAAGACUAAAAUUGACUUUAAAAGGUCCUAAUUUACCAGGUAUUAAAGAUGUAGAAGUUGAACUUAAGGAUUCUAAUUGGACCAUUUUCCAUGCUGUUCAGAAAUUAGCACAGUUAGCCGAUCUUGGAAGUCGCCAAGAAAGGUCUAGACGCAUUUGGGAACCUACAUAUACAAUAAUAUAUGAAGAAUUGACAAAUGAAGCUCAAAAACUUAGUUUGGACCCUGAUAAUCAGUGGGAUUCUGAUUUACCGAUAUUCUCUACACGAACUCAAUUAAGCAGUACUGGUUGCACUGUUGAUCAUGUGCUUCAACUUUUACGGGAACUUCAUAAUCUUUCCAUUAAUCCAUCAAUCUCUUUACUUAAACCUUACACUGAUGACUUUUUUGAAGUACAAAAAAAAGAUGAAGGAGAUUUAAUUAAUAAUGAAAUAUUUAAUAGUAAAAAAAUGACUAAUAAACUAGUUCAACAAAUUCAAGAUCCACUAGUUUUAAGUUCAAGUGCACUUCCAUCUUGGUGUGAACAUAUGAAUCUUUCUUAUUCAUUUUUAUUUCCAUUUGAAACAAGGCAUUUGUAUUUCAAUUGUACUGCGUUUGGGCCCUCUAGAUCUAUUGUUUGGUUGCAAUCUCAAAGAGAAAAUGUGGAACGACAUCGUACUGGUUCUAGUCUACCACUUAGACGAGAAGAAGAUUAUAGAGUUGGUCGCUUAAAACAUGAUCGUGUUCGUAUACCUCGAGGUGAAAACAUACUUGCUUGGGGUAGACAACUUAUGCGUGCUCAUAUUGAUCGACAAACCGUUUUGGAAGUUGAGUUUAUGGGUGAAGAAGGUACUGGAUUAGGCCCCACUUUAGAAUUUUAUUCAUUAAUUGCUGCAGAAUUCCAACGAAAAGAUCUUUGUAUGUGGAUGUGCGAUGAUGAAAUACCUGAAGAAACCAGCCAAUGUAGUUGGCUUGAAGAAGGUGCUAAACCACCAGGAUAUUAUGUCAGACGUUCUGGUGGACUUUAUCCAGCACCAUUGCCUCAAGAUCAACCUUGUUGUGAUAGAGCUGUUAAACAUUUUUGGUUCCUUGGCAUGUUCCUAGCUAAAGUUCUUCAAGAUAAUCGUUUAAUUGACCUUCCAUUAUCUUUACCAUUCCUAAAACUUUUAACUAACGCUAAAAAUAAUGAGUCAGGUAGAGAGCUGAAUGAGUCUGACUUGUUUGAAAUAGACAAAGAACAAGCAAUAUUUAUAAAUGAUUUAAAAAAGUUAAUUUUGGCAAAGGAAAAAAUAUUACUUGACCAAUAUUUGAAUGAUGAAGAAAAAUCUCAACAAAUUAAAAAUUUACAAUUUCAAUGUGGUGAAACAGAUGCAGUUCAACUAGAAAAUCUAAGCUUGAGCAUGAUUUACUUACCAUCAUCUUAUUGUUUUCCAUUUACAUUUGUUAAUUUAAUUGAUGAAGGACUUGGUCAAGAUAUUAACAUGGAUAAUGUUGAGCAAUAUGUUAGUUUAUUAACUGAUUUUAUUUUGGAAACUGGCAUCAAAAGACAAAUGGAAGCAUUAAAAGCUGGUUUUUGCCGUGUAUUCUCUAUUGAAAAAUUAAAUGCAUUUACUCCACUUGAGCUUAGACGAAUGUUGUGUGGACAACAAGAACCAGAAUGGACAAGAGAAGAUUUAUUGAAUUAUACUGAACCUAAAUUGGGUUAUAAUAAAGAAAGUCCUGGAUUUAUACGUUUAGUGAAUGUAUUGGAACAAAUGAAUUCUGAAGAACGUAAAUCAUUUUUACAAUUUACUACUGGUUGCUCUUCAUUACCACCAGGAGGCCUGGCUAACCUAUAUCCGAGACUAACUGUGGUACGAAAAGUCGAUGCUGGUGCAGGUAGUUUUCCAUCAGUAAACACUUGUGUUCAUUACUUGAAAUUGCCUGAAUAUCCAGAUGAACAAACACUAAGAGAACGUUUGUUAGCUGCUACCCUAGAAAAAGGUUUCCAUCUAAAUUAA